AUGAAAUUCCUACUUGUCGUCGUUGGCCUGGCCCUGGCUGUCGCAGCUGAGGAGAAAAUAUUCUCCAACUACCAUGAAGAGAUUGGUAUCCCAGAAGCUGCACGCAUCAAGCUCGCUGAGGAUGCUCAGGACUUCGACGGCUCCAGGAUCGUAGGAGGACAGGCAUCCUCACUCGGCGCACACCCUCACUUGGGAGGUCUGGUCAUCACUUUGACUGACGGCAGACAGUCAGUUUGCGGAUCUUCUCUUCUUACCAACACCAGGGCGGUGACCGCUGCUCAUUGCUGGAGGCAUGGUAGAACACAAGCUCGUCAAUUCACCGUCGUCCUAGGCUCCAUCCGUCUCUUCGCCGGCGGUGUUCGAGUCAACACCAACAAUGUUCAAGUUCACGCCAGCUACAACGAACAGCGCCUUCACAACGAUAUUGCCAUGAUAUCGAUGAGCCACGUCGGUUACACAAACCACAUCCAACGCAUCCCCAUCGCCUCUGGCAGUAACAGCUACGCCGGUACCUGGGCCACAGCUGCUGGAUUCGGUAGAACCGCUGACAAUGUCGGUAUCAGCAGCAAUCAGGCAAAGAGACACGUAAACAUGCAAGUAAUCACCAACGCCGUGUGCGCAAACACUUUUGGAUCCAGUACCGUUAUCGCCUCCACCCUGUGUACCGCCACCACCGGUGGUCAGAGCACCUGCGGCGGUGACUCCGGUGGCCCUCUAGCCAUCGGCAGCGGCAGCAGUCGUACUCUGAUCGGUAUCACCUCCUUCGGUUCGGCCGCCGGCUGCACCCGUGGCUUCCCCGCCGCUUUUGCCAGAGUGACCUCAUUCGCCUCCUGGAUCAAUGCCCGCCUUUAAGCGUCUAUUCAUUUAUUGUUAAAUAAAUAAUUCAUUUAUAUA